AUGCCGAUGAUUAUGACGGUGAAGUCGGAGGACCCUGACAACGAGAACCGCUCUGGCUCACACAGUUCGAACCCUUUCGCCCUAAACGCUGCCUACAGCCGAGCCUCUGAAGGGCAAGACACAUCAGCGCAGAGGCACCGUCUGGGGAUCACUGAUGAGGAUUCCAAGAACGUCAUCUUGGAGAGAGCACCACCCACCGUUCUCCCACGAAGUAUCAUCCAGCUCCGUGGCUGCUUCGCCAACCAACCGCAAAAGUUUCCUUUCGGCCUACACACUCUUCGUAAUCGCACCGUCGGCCGACUGGCCGCCCUACUAAAUACCCCACCCCCCCCUGAUCUGCGCCUUUGUCCCUCCAACCAUCCUCAUCACCAUCAGCAGCUGCCAGCGCCCCCCAACGACAUCCACAGAAAAUUGUAA